AACCACUAGCGUAGUGGGAGCGACACCUGAUACAGGGGGAACGAACGCAUCGCUUUCGGAGCAUCCCAGGAAACGCAGAGACAUGGCAAAAGAGCGAGUGGAGAACACGGAGGAGACGCAGCAAAUGAUAGAGAAGAACGGUGGCAAAGAGCAAGAAACCCUGUUGUCUGCGUCGGGCACUAAAGAAAUGCGAGCCGUGAUAUUGACUGGUUUCGGGGGUCUGAACAAACUGCGGGUCACUAAGAGAGCGAUGCCAGAACCGCAAGAAGGCGAGGUGAAGAUCCGCGUCAAAGCUUGUGGUUUGAACUUUCUUGACUUGAUGGUACGCCAAGGAAAUAUCGAUAAUCCACCCAAGACACCGCUUGUCCCAGGAUUUGAAUGUUCUGGAAUAGUAGAAGCGAUGGGAGACAACACGAAAGGAUUUGAGAUCGGGGACCGGGUGAUGGCCUUCGUGAACUACAACGCCUGGGCGGAGGUCGUGUGCACGCCGCUGGAGUUUGUGUACAGGAUCCCGGACGACAUGACCUUUCCCGAGGCGGCCGCCUUCCCGCUCAACUUCGUGGCCGCCUACAUGAUGCUGUUCGAGGUGGCCCAUCUCCGGGAGGGAAUGUCCGUGCUGGUGCACUCCGCGGGAGGGGCCGUGGGACAGGCUGUCGUUCAGCUGUGCUCCACCGUGCCCAACGUCACUGUGUUCGGGACUGCCUCCACCUCCAAGCACGAAGCCAUCAAAGAUUCAGUGACUCACCUCUUUGACAGAAGUGCUGAUUAUGUGCAAGAAGUGAAAAAGAUCUCUCCCGACGGAGUGGACAUUGUGCUGGACUGUCUGUGUGGGGAGAACACAGGGAAAGGCCUGGGUCUGCUUCGGCCCCUGGGAACCUACAUCCUGUAUGGUUCUUCAAACAUGGUGACAGGCGAAACAAAAAGCUUCUUCAGCUUCGCAAAAUCUUGGUGGCAGGUAGAGAAGGUGAACCCCAUUAAGCUCUAUGAGGAGAAUAAGGUGAUAUCCGGAUUCUCGCUGCUGAACCUUCUUUUCAAACAAGGCCGGAGCAGUCUGGUAAAGACAGUGGUGGAGAAACUAAUCUCCCUCUUCAACCAGAAGAAGAUCAAGCCUCGGGUGGACUCGUUAUGGGCUCUAGAGGAGGUAAAAGAAGCCAUGCAGAGAAUUCAUGACAGAGGCAACCUAGGAAAACUUAUCCUCGAUGUGGAGAAAUCACCCACUCCUUUGAUGGCCAAUGACAGCACAGAGACCAGCGAGGCUGGCGAGGAAGAGGAGGAACACGAGGACAGCAAUGACAAUAAGGAGCGGAUGCCCUUCAUCCCGUAACCAGCUCGGCUGCGUCCGCACGACAAGUCUGAAAGGGACUGCCCUCGGCCCCGUCACCCUGAACCUUGUGCAC